CCUCCUCACACUAGUCGAGCAAACUUCUGAAUUACUUGAGUCGUGCUACAGAGAGAAUAUUUGCACGCGCAUUCCUCAGCGUGACGGCGUCAGAUGACGCUGUUGACGUGUUGCUAUAGUGACGCGCCGGUCAGGUUCACGCGCGUCCUGACCGUCUCGCAGAAGAUCAUCCUCAUCAUCUUCAUCACCAUCUUCUUCAUCAUCCUCCUCAUCUUCGUGAUGGAUCAGUAUGAAGUGGUUCGGCAGGUCGGUCAGGGUGCGUUCGGGCGCGCGCUGCUGGUCAAACAGCGACACGGACACGCGCAGCUCUACGUCAUCAAGGAGAUCAACCUGAGACAGUUGUCCUCUCGGGAUAAGGACGCCUCCAGAAAGGAAGUGACGCUGCUGUCCAAAAUGAAGCAUCCGAACAUUGUGGCGUUUUAUAAAUCAUUUUACGACAGGAGUAACUUCUACAUCCUGAUGGAAUACUGUGAUGCGGGCGAUCUGAUGAAGAGAAUCAGGAUGCAGAGAGGAAAACCCUUCACAGAGCAGCAGAUCGUGCACUGGUUUGUUCAGAUCUGUCUGGGACUGAAGCACAUUCACGACAGGAAGGUCCUGCACAGAGACAUCAAAGCUCAGAACAUCUUCCUCACUCAAGGAGGACAGAAGGUCAAGCUGGGAGACUUCGGCAUCGCCAGAAUGCUGAACAGCACCGUGGAGCUGGCCAGGACCUGCGUCGGCACGCCGUACUAUCUCUCUCCAGAGAUCUGUGAGAACAGACCAUACAACAACAAAACGGAUAUCUGGUCUCUGGGCUGUGUUCUCUAUGAGCUCUGCACACUCAGACAUCCAUUUGAGGGCAGUAAUCUGAAGCAGCUGGUGUGUGAGGAGUCUGUGUGA